AUGGCGGCCCCCGAAGUCCACCACCUCUUCCACGCGCCGAUUGCCGACCACUCGUUCUCGGCCGACCGCAAGACGUUGGCGAUUGCUCGUGACACAACCGUCGAACUCUAUGGCAGGGUCGGCAAUGCCUUCAAGCUGAAGGACGAACUCAAGGGGCACGACAAGACUGUCACCAGCAUCGACAUUGCACCUAACUCGGGUCGCAUUGUAUCGUGCUCGCAGGACCGCAACGCCCUCGUCUGGGAGCCGACGCCCCAGGGUUACAAGCCGACCCUUGUUUUGCUGCGCAUUAACCGCGCCGCCACCUUUGUCCGUUGGUCGCCGUCCGAGACCAAGUUCGCCGUCGGCUCCGGAGACCGGCUCAUCGCUGUGUGCUACUUUGAGGAAGAGAACGACUGGUGGGUGUCGAAGCACCUGAAGAAACCCAUCCGUAGCACGGUCACCACUCUGGCUUGGCAUCCCAACUCGGUGCUUCUCGCUGCCGGCUCGACCGAUGCGCACGCCCGCGUCUUCUCCAGCUUCAUCAAGGGUGUUGAUGCUCGGCCAGAGCCCACCGCGUGGGGCGAGAGGCUUCCGUUCAACACCGUCUGCGGCGAGUACAUGAACAACUCAGCUGGCUGGAUCCACUCCGUCGCCUUCUCGCCCAGCGGCGACGCCCUGGCCUUUGCCGCGCAUGACAGCAGCAUCACGGUCGUCUACCCGAACGCCCCUGAGCAGCCGCCCAAGGCUGUCGUCAGCAUCAACACGCAGCUGCUGCCCUUCAUGAGCCUGAUCUGGAAUGGAGAGGACGAAAUCAUUGCUGCUGGCUACGACUGCGAGGCUUUCCGCUUCCGGGGCGGCAGCGAGGGCUGGCAGCUGACUGGCGCGCUCGAAGCCAAGGGGCGUCCUGGUCUGGGCGACCAGCGGGAGGAAUCCGCCUUGAACAUGUUCAGGCAGAUGGAUCUGAAAGGCAAGGUCAAGGAUGACACACAGCUCAAGACGGUCCAUCAGAACACCAUCACAACGAUCCGGCCGUACGAAACGUCUGGGCCGUCCGUGAGGCAGUUUAGCUCGAGCGGAGUCGAUGGGCGCGUUGUCAUAUGGACCGUGUAG